UUCUCAUACAACUCUAAAUGCUUCUUAAAAUUGAACUAAAAAAACCAAAAUAAUAUUCUCUCUACACACAUAAAGAAGAUGGCUGCCAAAAUUCAUGAAAAAAAUGGGGUUUUGGUUUCCCAAAACUCACAUUUCUCUUAUGUUUUAAGCAUUACACUUCCGCAACCAACGAUACGAAUCAAGAUUCCCAAGGUGCUGGUGAAGGCUAUGCAAAGAAGAAAUCAUGGCCGCCGUGAAAAUGAUGCCAUCCACAAGAAAAGGAGUUUCAGGAAGAAGGUUGGAUCAAUGGCUUCCAGUGUGUUUGGUAAGAAUAACAACUCCCCUGAGGCUGCCUCCGAUGAAGCGAUGAUGAAGUUAAAGAAAAUGAUUGAAAGCCUUGACAUGGAGUCGGAGAAAAAUGGUGAAGAUGAGUAUGUUUUUAAUGAUGGGGUAAUGGUUUUAGUCAAUGAAAAGGAAACGGUGGAGGCUGAAGAGGGAGAUGAAGGGAAAGAGGAACUGGCAAUGGUGGUGGAGGCUGGAAAUGAGAGGAAAGAGAGAUUGAGAUUGCUGCAGACGUACUCGAAAAAGAUCAGCAAUGUUGGCAACGAUGAUUCAGGUGUUGUUUGCGUGGACGACAAUGUAGGAAAGGGGACUCUUGGAAUGAAGGAAGGAAAUGGAAGCAAUGACAUGACUUGGUCGCAGUCUAGAAUACAGAAGCCGAAGAUAGCAUGGUUGGCGAAGAGGAUAACUGAAAAGGUGGUGGGAGUAAAAAGUAAGGAAGAAGAAGUAUGGAGGAAGAGGAUACUAAUGGGAGAAAAGUGCAAGCCUCUGAAUUAAUCUGGUGAAAUUCAGUAUGAUGACAAUGGCAUUUUGUUACCAGAGUUCUUCCCCUGA